CAGUUAUUGGAAACAAAACAAACUUGCAUUUCUUCUACUCAAAACUCCAAAGUAUCCAAACAUGAAGCUUGAUACAACUGGUCUUGAAUCCUUUGCUCCACUUCACGGAGGAAUGGAUGAUCUCCAUGGAGAACUUUGGGCGCCUCCAUCAUUUGAUCUUCCAGUUUGUGCUGAUUUUGAUGGGUUUCAGAAGAAUGCGAUUCAGAUGGUGAAGCCGGCAAAAGGGACGACGACUCUCGCUUUCGUUUUCAAGGAAGGCAUCAUUGUGGCCGCUGAGUCUCGGACUAGCAUGGGAGGAUAUGUUGCUUCUCAGAAUGUCAAGAAAAUUGUUGAGAUCAAUCCUCACAUGAUCGCAACAGUGGCUGGAGGGGCUGCAGAUUGCAUCUUUUGGCAUAGAAAUCUGGGAGUCAAGUGCCGUUUAUAUGAACUGGAAAACAAGCGAAGGAUCUCGGUUGCAGGUGCUUCGAAGCUAUUGACGAAUAUGCUUUACUCGUACCGUGGAAUGGAGCUUUCGGUAGGGACGAUGAUUGCUGGAUGGGAUGAAAUGGGGCCAUCUCUGUAUUAUGUUGACAGUGAAGGAGGAAGACUAAAAGGCUCAAGAUUUUCAGUAGGAUCUGGAUCUCCAUAUGCUUAUGCUGUCUUGGAUAAUGGAUAUCGCUACGACAUGCCUCUCGGGGAAGCUGCAGAACUGGCUCGUCGAGCCAUUUAUCAUGCAACAUUUAGAGAUGGAGCUAGUGGUGGAGUAGCUAUUGUUUGUCAUGUCGGACCUGAUGGGUGGAAGAAGCUCUCCGGUGAUGAUGUUAAAGAGCUGCAUGAUAAAUACUACCCUGCUGUCCAAGUUCCUGCUGAGCAGGAAAUGAUGCAAAUUACGCCGCUCUAAGCACAUAGUUCUGGAGUCCUGAUAAAUGUCAUUUAAGACU